UCUCAUCUCGUUGCGAAGUUUCGCUUCACCCUCCAACAGCCCUCCAAAUCCCCUGCGAAAGCCUUAUUCUUCUCUUUAAUUGGAGUAUCCAGAGCACCACAUAUACAAACCUCAGGAGAGUACUCAGCACACUUUUUAUGGAUGAUUCCUUCUCGAUACCCAGUGAAGGACUCCUUAUAUCCCAGAUCCUCGGUGUAAAAACUUCACUAUGCUUUCGCCCACGUAGAUUAACUCAGAAACCUCACGCGGUGCUACGACGUGUAGAAGCCUCUGAUGAUUCUAGUGAUGAAGGGGGAGAGUCAUCUUCUCUUGUUCAUUUCAAAAUAUUUGCCCAAAAACGAUUCACCAUCACUCCCGGCAAAGAGAUUCUUCUAACUGUUGACGAUGCCAGAUUCAAGGAUCAUUCUGUAUUGCUUUGCGGGGCUCCGUUCACCUCAGACGAGCUCGAAAUGCAGGAAAGGGUUAAAGCUGCGAAGGAUGGAGACAUACCACCUUUGCCAAAGAAUGCCCUUCCCCCAAAAAUGAGACGCGCUUGGGUAAAAAAAACAGACGAUGGGCCUGUAACUACGCGGACAUCCGUUGGCAUUCAAGCAACCCCAACUAGCUGUUCAGUUCAAGUCCAAGCAAAACCACCUCAUAGAACAGUUUCGGUUCAAUCACAUCCAUCUUCAACAUCUGUUUCUGUUCAAACUUUGAACUCGACACGCUCCGUUUUUGUUCAAGCUGAAACAUCUCCGUACCUCUCAAUAGAUACCUCUACUAUGCAACAACAUGCACGGGUCAAAGAACGUAGCCUUUCUCCGAUGGACUUGGACUCUCCUGACUCUGAUUCGCAACCAUCAUCAGCGGGGAUUCCUGAAUUCGAACCAUUCACAUCUCUGCUUCCAGGUUGUCCUCUGCCGUCCCCGUUGAUGCCUGACGAUAGCCCUGAUUCGAUGGUCAAUGAUGAGGAUGGUAUACGAAUAUCUCCGCGCACCACCUCGUCUCAACCUCUGACUGCCGCCAAAGCCGUCCAAUCGAUUGAUGACUCGUUACAAGCUCAACCCCCAUCUUCUAUCCCAUCCUCACCAUUUAAGUCAAUUCUUCCAAACUAUAGCGAUGUUAGGUCGAGAGAUUUGAAAGAAGUAUCUAGAACAUCCCCUAUAUAUAAUCCAUUCGUAUCAGCAGGUUUUGUAACUGAAUUCACUGGCGAAACCCUCGCGACGACCCAACUAGAGCAUAUCAAGGAAGCUCUGUCGAAUCUUCCUGAUUCUGCGAAGCAUGCGGAUGCCUGUGAUCUUGUCAUGGAACAGUCUGCAUUUGAGGGCAAGUCAGCUGCGGAAACUUCAGUUGAGCCCAGUCUCAUUCUAGAAUCAAAAAAUGCCCUGGAUCUCUCGGUAGAACCUCAGGCGAGUACGAAUACAGCCUCGUCAGUCGUCAAAGUCAAAGAAGAAGGUAACGAAAAUGACUCAAUCGUUAUGGAAGCUCAUUGCGGCUCGAGAGAAGUCAACGAGAAGGAAACGAAGUUCAUAAAAUCCGAAGCUGCGCCACUUUUUGUUCAACAUAAAACCAUCCCGACUGGGCCUCGAAACGCCGUGGCAUCCAGCAGUAAGGUUAUGCUGGAACAUGCUAAAUCUAUACCCAAUGCACCAAGAGCUCCUCGUAGUCUGCGAAAUAAAGCUGACGAACCUGCUCCGACUGCAAACUCCUUGGCAAUCCUUUCAUCAGGUCCAUACACCAACCCUCUUAGUAUCAAGCCCUCUACGCUAGUACCAGCUUCAUCGGCCCCCUCCGGGCCCAAAACCCUUGCUGGCGUUCAAACCAAGAAACGGGUAUUAAUCGGGAUCGGAACGCCAAUGUCCAAGGCAACGUCGGAAAUCUAUUCAAAUCACCCCGCUGCUUUCCGUCCCCAGCUUGUACCGAAAAUGCCCAAUCUGGUGGCCUAUUCUUCUCCUUCUCCUCCUCCUGCAAUUCCUGUCCCUCCUGAUUCUGCGCCCCCGGUCGACUCUCCGAAACCUCCGCCUCCCCCACCGGUACAGAUUAAAUGGAAGCGUCUGCCUUCCAUAGAUACUACCUCUCCUAGUGUCAGUAGUAAAGGUUCUCUUCUUGAGCGAAUAUCUCCAUCGAACACUAGAGCACCUAAUCUGCCCCUAUCUGAAGAGAGUGCGCCUUCUCUAUUCUCGCGAUUGAAUUCGCCAAACAAAUCACCGACUUCCCCUGCUUUGGGGAAGAACCAAUCGAAUGAUCGUUCAUUCAAUACAUCGUUAGAAUCGAAACGGUCGCCUAUUAUUCCUAAAUUUACAACUACUCCUGUGCCUCCUACACCUCGGCCAUCUUCGCCUAAGCUACCUACCCAGACGCCUCAAGAUACUCGUUCCAGUGUACCUUCCCAAGAACGACGACCCAGUACCACUUCUACCCCCACUAAUACUUUUGCUACCAAUUCCAAACUAACCUCCACAUCGUCGUCCACCCCUUGGAACGCCGCAACUCUUAUAAAUCCUGUGAAACUUCCAGCCUUGUCGGGGACAUUUCCCGUAGACACAGCCUCCGUUCCUCAGACUUUCCAUCCACUACCCCCAAAGCCUGUAGCAGCAACUCUGCCUAGGGGUGUCAAACGAGAGCGUGCGUCUUCACCGAAUGUCAAUGGGCCCGUGGACAGCAUGCGGUCCCAGAAGCGAGUUUUCCGAUGGCCGACGCUCGAGUCUAACCACUCGAUACUCCUGAGAGGCGAAGGUGACCUCGCAAUUCUAGGUAUCACCGGUACUUUUGACGGUACACUUUUGGCAUUGAUCUGUGCAGAUAAAACUAUUCGAAUUUGGAACAACAGCACACGUACAGAGAUGGCUCGUCUCAGUCAUAACGCACGAGUAGCCAGUGUACUCUGGCUAGAGGAUGAUAGCGGUAUCAUCUCACUGGGGGAAGAUGGUAUGAUAAGUCGCUGGAGCCGAACGAGUUUCAAUCAUUGGACUUGGGCCAAGAUGGUAGAUAUUGGGGUCAAGCCAAAUUAUCAGGAAAUAGAUAGCGGGAUGCGUCUAGCUUAUUACAAAGACAAAGUGGCCGUGUCCCUGCCCUCGGUAGGUGUUAAGGUGUGGUUUUGGUCUAAGGGUGCAGGUUCUUGGCAAGCACAACGACCUAUCCUUCGACCUAAUGUCACGGCUUUAACAUUCAUCGAGGAUGGAUCGACUCUUCUUGGAGGCACAGUUGAUGGUGUAUUCUACUCGAUUGACGUCAAUCCUUCCAAAACCAACGCUUUGAUAACUUGCCACGGUGUAUCUCGUUUGAUAGGUCUGCAGGCUGAACAGAGAGGCAAACUGGAGCAGUCUUACACUAAUAAGGAUACGGAAUCGAAUCCACACCAGCUGCGAUCUUUUGGGGCAUGCUUUAUUGCGCGAGGACAAGGCGUGCUGUUCGGGGAUAUCAAAGGGUGCGCUCUCAUUUGGGACACUAGGAAGGGUUCGCUAGUAUAUGGAUUGGAUCACGGUCUGAGAGAAGAACGCGAAGAAGGCGAAGUGGUGACUGCUGCUGUGAGUCUGGAAGCUCCCAAUGGAGGAUGUAUAGUGACAGGGACGAAUAGUGGAUUAUUAAGUUGGUGGUCGCAACCUGCAUACGCAAAUUCAGACUCCAAUAAAAAGGCUAAACUAUCGUGAGAGGGUGCCAGAUUUUGCUUGUUAUUUUAAUUAUCUUGGACUACAUACAUUUUGAGAGAGACAAAGCAGUGAAGACCGAUCGAACUAAUAAGAUUCCUUGAUAAGAUAGCCUGAAACGCGGAUAUGCGAUGACGUGACAUAUGUGUCACAUCUGGUCACAC